CCAUGGAGAAGUACCAAGUGCUGGGCCUCGUGGGGGAAGGCAGCUACGGUGUGGUGGCCAAGUGCAGAAACAAGGAGAGCGGGCAGAUCGUUGCCAUCAAGAAGUUCUUGGAGAGCGAGGACGACGCGGUGGUGAGGAAGAUCGCCGUGAGGGAGAUCAAGCUGCUGAAGCAACUCAGGCACGAGAAUCUCGUGAACCUGCUGGAAGUGUGUAAAAAGAAGAAGCGGUGGUACCUGGUGUUUGAAUUUGUGGACCACACAGUGCUUGAUGACCUGGAGGCAUUUCCCAAUGGACUGGACUACAACAGGGUUCGAAAAUACUUAUUUCAGAUAAUGAGAGGAACAGCAUUUUGCCACAGUCAUAACAUAAUCCAUCGGGAUAUUAAGCCAGAGAACAUAUUAGUUUCUCAGUCAGGAGUUGUAAAACUCUGUGACUUUGGAUUUGCCCGGACCUUAGCGGCUUCUGGGGAAGCUUACACAGACUAUGUGGCAACCCGAUGGUACAGAGCUCCAGAGCUGCUGGUGGGAGACAUCAAGUAUGGCAAGGCUGUGGAUGUGUGGGCUAUUGGCUCUCUGAUAACAGAAAUGCUUACAGGAGAGCCUCUUUUCCCAGGAGAUUCAGACAUUGACCAGCUCUACCAUAUCACUGAGUGCCUGGGUAAUUUAAUUCCAAGACACCAAGAGUUACUCUAUAAAAAUCCCCUCUUUGCUGGCAUGAGGUUGCCUGAAGUGAAGGAGGCCAAAUCUCUGGACAAACGCUAUCCCAAGCUCCCUGAUGCAGUGCUAGAUUUAGCCAAGAAGUGUUUGCAGAUUGACCCAGACAAAAGACCAUCUUGUGCUGAACUCUUGGAGUGCGAUUUCUUCAACAAGGAUGGAUUUGCUGAAAGAUUUGCUCAGGAGCUUAAAUUAAAGAUUCAGAAAGAUGCCGGAGACCAUCAAUUACAAAAAAAAUCCAAAAUCAGCAAAAGAGACAAAGAUGAUAGCUUAGAAGAAAGAAAAAUCGUUGGUGUCCAGGAUUUCAGCAUUGAGCCAAAGAGCAGAGAUGCAAAGCUAUUCAAGGCGAAGCACUUGAAAGCUGGUGCAGAGAGAGCAGACCGAUCCUCCAACCUGAGCAUCUUGUACGACAGUGUGAUCAACCCUUUUAAAAUAAGCUCUCAAACCAACCUCAAAGAUACCAGCAGCAGCUUGGACUAUGUCAAGAAUGCAGGCAUAGUUAUCCCUCCCAUCAACCAGAACUUUUCUCCCACUGCAGUUGGGAUGGGUCCUUUGCCUGGGAACCUUAAUUACAGAGUUGAUGAAAAGAGUAAACAAUACUUGAAGCCGUUUCUAAGACAGCGGAAGCAUUCUCCAGCAGGCCAUUACAGUGUAAGCUUGACCUCGGUUACUAAUGAAAAAAACAUCCUUCAGGCAAAUGGGAGAAAAUGGGACUUCUCCAAGACAGAUGUGCGUUUGCCAGAGCUAAAUCAUCUGCCUGAGCUGAGAGGAAUGGAAGGAGCAUGGCAUCCCAGAUAUCUGAAAAAGGAAAAUAAAACCAUUUCAGAGUCCCGUGUCCCCUCCCUUGCUGCAAUUGACCUCCAUACCCCAAGUCUGGCCUCACAGCAGCUGUCAGGAUCUUUGCUGCCUGAGGCAUCAGAAGGCAGCUUCCCCAGAGUUGAGCACUAG